CUGCGGCUAACACUUUAUUCAUCACCUGUUUUCGACAAAGAGAGUGUUAUUACUUAAAAUCAGUUGAAGAAAAUGGCUUCAAAGACUUUGAUUCUGCUGGGUGUCUUUGCAUUUCUUCUCGUAGUCUCAGAAAUGGCCGCAGCAUCUGCACAGAAGUCGGAGAGUGAGGAAACUGUGCAACCUGAUCGAUAUGGUGGUGGCCAUGGUGGAAAUGGAGGUUACAACGGAGGAGGAGGAUACAACAGAGGAGGAGGAGGACACAACGGAGGUGGAGGAUACAACGGAGGAGGAGGAUACAACAGAGGAGGAGGAGGACACAACGGAGGUGGAGGAUACAACGGGGGAGGAGGAUACAAGGGAGGAAGAGGUGGAUACAACGGAGGUGGAGGAUAUAAGGGAGGAAGAGGAGGUCACGGGGGACACGGAGGAAGAGGAGGUCAUGGCGGACAUGGUGCAGAAGCUGUUCAGACUCAGCCUGGCAACUAAAUCUAUCAAUAGUUUAACGACCAUGGAUGAUUUCAUCUCUGUAUGGACGUAUGUAUGUGUAUGACUAUAAGUAAAACCAUGGUGAGUUUUAAAUGAAGUUACUUAAGUUAAAUAAAAGAAAUUAGGUAAAUAAAUGUUCUCAAUGUAAUGUCUCUAUGUUCGAGUUGUAAUAUGCACUCUUUGCAAAAAUAAAAUCGUUUGUAGUU